AUGUUGGUCCGGCGUUGCGACACGACUAAACGCGACGGUGGCGCGAUCUGGUUCACCGAUCGUCCAACUACCGCGCGAGCAACAGUCCGUUCGGCGAACUUCAGAACCGGUAAUGGCAACGCUUUGAGAAAGAGUCACGUCGCAACACCACUGGGAGAAACGAUGGAUAAUCAGGCGCGUGAUCCCCAAUUCACGAAAGUACUGGAGACCUGCUUGAAGAUGGAAAUCGGGGGAGGCAGGGAGAAGUUCGCAGCUAACUCGUUGGCGAUAGCAAGGAUGAGGACCAAGAUACGCAACGAAAUCAGCAGGAGGAAGCAGCUCAAGGAGCAGGUAGUGCAAAAGCAGAAAAUCAGUGUGAGAUUGAACGAGAGCUUAACGAGAUUGCAUAUAAGCAACAGUGAGACGAUGAACAAGGUGGAAGCUAUGAGAGCGAAUAUCGACGAUCAGUAUAAAUUGAUGGAGCUGAGGGCGCAAGAGUAUCGAGACAUCGUCGCCGACUACAAGAACACGUCGGAUGCUUAUCACGCUAUGUACGAGGAAUUUCCGCUGGCGAAAGCCAGAAACACGGCCAAGAUCAGCCUGAGGAAGCUGCAAAUCGAGCAUAUGGUGAUGACUUACAAGAAGACGGAGAUGAUGACGAUUAUUCAGCAGAGAGAACGUAUCAAUUGGGUCCGUAUGCGCUGCGAGAUAAUUGAGUUCGCUUACUUCAUGGUGGAACGAUUGAAAUUGGAGGAGAGGUUAACGAGACUGAGGGCGAAUCAUCACGGAAAGGAGUUACAGUCGCUCGAGAUGGAGAUACAAGCGCAACACAAGAGGCAGGAAGAUCAGAGGAGACUUCGGAAGCGGAAGAUGUUGGCAUUACCGAAAAUCAACAUACCGUAUCAGCAAAUGUACGUUCGUACGCCUCAUAUAAGAGUUCAACACCAAUGGAUACAAGCCGAAAAUUUCGACGAUGACGUGUCCAUCAAUACCAUGGCUCUGGAAAAACUAUGCAUAACCGGGUCCACCAUAAUGUCGCCCGAGGAAAUAAACGUGGAGUCGGUACACGAGAAGGAAUAUACCGUCGUCCAGACGGAGAGCCACGAUCCGAAAACACCCGCCGAAAAGGCGAACACGCGUGUCGCUUCGGAUGUCGAGAUGGUUGAAAAAACAGCUUCAGCGGACAAUGACAUAGAAAUGAAGGAGAUCCAUCGGGACGAAGAGACCAGUCGGCAGCGGUCCGCGAAAACAAGUCCCCGCACAAGCCUGCUCAAGCAUAGCGCCACCACGAGUACACACGAAAUUGAAGCGAAAAGACUCGAAAGGAAAAACAGUGAGGGAAGUAGUAGCAAUAGGAUAAAUGUCUCAUCGAUCGUUGCCCAAGAGGAUGAGUUGCUGAAAUCGUCGGCCCCGAAAAUUAGAAAGGUAGAAACUGUGCCCCUGCUGCCAAACCUGGCUCGUUGCCCGAGCGGCGCGACGAGCAAUAUAUUUUCGCCGCCGCAUCACGAGUUCUGCGAGAGCAACCUAAGCUUCUUUGACCAGGACUUCGCGAAAGGUUCCAUGUCAUUAUACGACGGAUCUCUAUGCAAUUAUCGGUUAUCUCCCAUCUCCAACGUGUCGCCCAUACGUUUCGAGGGAGAAGCGCCGACCGCCGCAAAGCCUUUGCAGCAGCCCGACGAUAAGAUGUCAA